AUGUAUAGCCAUCGACCCCAUCCUCUCCUCGAGCAAGUCCCACUCACCGUGUCCCCCUUUGUCUCGCUGCCGACCGCCACGACCCUCUCGUACACGUACAAGACGAUGCCGUCCAACAUCCCCCCCUCUGCCCUCGGCAUUCCCAACGCCGACACCACCGCCACCACCUCCUCCUCGUCAUCCGGCCCCACGAGCGAACUACAGCAGCAGCAGCAGCAGCAGCCGAAACCGCGCUUCAUCGUCUCGCAGUCGGGCAACGCCGCGCACCCCGACGACAUUGUCGCCUCAUGCCAGGCGCUGCACGCACACGUGACCAAGAUGCAAGAGGACGCGGACCGCGAGCUGCGUGCGUUUGAGGAACGCAUUCGCGAAAGAGAUCUCGCGGAGAAGAGGAGGCUGGCGCCGGGAUGGCUGGAUAGCGACGCGCGGCUGCUGCAGCCGGAAAAGGGCAAGGCGGCGGCGGCGCAGGCGGAGAAUGAGUUGAUGGUGGGUGAGCCGGUUGCGGGACAGGCUGGUGGUGCGGAACCGGCGACGGACGAGGGGGCGGCGCUGGACAGAGCCUUUGGUGGGAUAAGCUUGAGAUGA